AUGUCCUUGGUCGCUCUGAACACGGACAUCCUUACUGCAAUUGUCUCGUUCCUCUCAACGGAUGAGGCCUUCCAGCUCUCCCUCACGACCAAACAAUUUCACGCCAUUGCUAUGCGACAAGCUUUCCGUAUCAUCAACCUAAAACACCUUGGACACGUCAAACAAGUAUGCACAUUGUUGUUGCAAGAACCUGUAAAAUGCUUGGUCUUGGUGCGCGAGCUGCGAAUUAGCUCGGCUGCUCUCAAAGGCGCAAGCAAGCCCACUAUCGCUCGAUUUACAGCACUGUUGUCACACCCAUCCUCGGUACAUAUUCAUUCCUUGGGGCUAGGCUCUAUCGAGUGGCUUUUGGUGCAGCAGCCAUCAUGCGCUGAUGCUGUGGCAGUGUUGCCUAAUUUAACCCAGCUCGAACUGUGGGGUGUAGGGAGCGACUCUUUGGCAAUGGUCGAGAAGUUGACUUCAAAGCCUCACGAAUUAGCUCUACAGUUCGGGCUACAUUUCCAUCCAGAGGACCCUAUCCCUGCUCUCUUCUCUGAAUCCCGAGACACUCCCACCGAAAAUUCUGGGUCUUCAACAAUGUCAUCCACGACGACUCUGCACCGCAGCCCUCCGAAUUCAUGUUCACAGUGGUCAUCUCUCUCUCAUCUCUCUCUCAUGGAUUGCAAGCUCCCCAUGUCGGUGUUCGUCCUCGCAUUCCCGAACAUAAAGAGGAUUUGCUUGCGUCAAGUCACUUCUAGUCUGCUCUCUAGCCUGCCCUCACAAGCUGAUGGCAUAUGCUGGCCACAUCUGGAUUUCAUCGACAUGGGAGACGUUACAUAUAGCCAUCCUUGGAAUGUGACAUGCCCAGUGCGACACUUGGUUUUGCGUAUCAGCCGAGCACUCGUGUUCUCAAAGUUUCCUCUGUCCUUGGUGGAAACGACAAUGCCAGUUGUACUGGAGUUGGAGAUGGGGCUGGAGUUGCAUGCGAGGUUCUGGAAAAUGCUGGCGAAGGUUGGGAAGCGAUUAAGGUAUCUGAUCAUUGUCCUCAAAGAUGCCGGCACAUCCCCCUCAUGUGAUUAUGCACAAAAGCUCAACCGAUGGAAGGUCAGGCUUCUUGAAAUGUUUGCUGUCUUUUAA